UCCUGGAAAAUUACUUCGCCGCCGCCGCCCCUCUCCGCUCCGGUGGUGCGCCCGCUGCGCCGCCAGUACAUCCCUCAUCGCCGGCGGAUUUAGGACCCCCUCCUUUUUCCCUUCGCUCGUUGGCGGCUCGCGGAAGGCCGCAUCCUCACGUCGCCGAACCCUAAGCCGAGCGCCCCCCCCCUUCCACGCGCUACCGCGAGCGCCAGGCAUGGCGAGCGACGGGCAGCUCAGGGACUGGGUCUCCGACAAGCUCAUGUCCCUCCUCGGCUACUCCAAGAGCGUCGUCGUGCAGUACGUCAUCAGGCUGGCGAAGGAGUGCUCUUCCACCGGCGACCUCGUGGGGAAGCUCGUCGAAUUUGGGUUCUCCUCUUCCGCGGAGACCCGGAGUUUCGCCGCGGACAUCUACGGCAAGGUUCCCCGGAAGGCCAGCGGUAUCAGCAAUUACCAGAAACAGGAAAGAGAGGCAGCAAAGCUUGUGAAGAAACAGAGCACUUACAAACUGUUGGCCGAUGAGGAGGACAACGAUGCUGAAACCCUCACAUCAACGAGCCGAAAGAGCUCCGCGAAUACUUCCUCUAAGAGUAGAAAACAUUUUAGGAGGAAAGCGGAAGACCAGGAUGAUGGGAAUGAUGAUGAUGCAAAUGAUACAACAACACAGGAUGCGGGGAGGAAUGUGAGAAGACGAACAGAAGAGGUGGAUGAUGAAGAUGGUGAUAAUGACACUGAUGAAGAGCAAGAAAGGAUAAGAGAUCAGCAGGAAAGGGCUCAGCUCGAAAAGAACAUGAGAGAAAGAGAUGCAGCCAACACUCGAAAGUUAAUGGAGCGACAAUUAUCUAAGGAGGAACAAGAGGAGAUCACCAGGAGAUCUCAGGCAAUGGACAACAAUGACACUUCAGAUUUGAGAAAAUUUUCAAGGCAAGCUUACUUACAGAAGAGAAGGGACAAAAAAAUUGAUGAAAUCAGGGAUGAAAUUCUAGAUCACGAGUACAUUUUUCAGGAUGUCAAACUAACUGAGGCCGAAGAAAAAGAGUUCAGAUACAAAAAGAAGAUUUAUGAUCUUGUCAAGGAGCAUGUUGAGAGUGCAGAUGAUGUUGCUGAGUACAAAAUGCCUGAAGCUUAUGAUAUGGGUGAUAGUGUCAAUCAAGAAAAGAGAUUCUCUGUAGCAAUGCAGCGUUACAAAGAUCCUGAGGCCCGGGAUAAAAUGAAUCCUUUUGCUGAACAGGAAGCAUGGGAAGAGCACCAAAUAGGAAAGUCUAAACUGCAAUUUGGAUCAAAAGAUAGGAAGCGGUCUUCUGAUGAUUAUCAGUAUGUAUUCGAAGAUGGCAUUGAUUUUGUUAAAUCAUCAGUCAUAGAAGGAACACAGCAUGAAGAAGACACAGACCAAGAGGAUGCUGAUGAAAAAGCUAUGUUAAAAAGGGAGCUCCAGGAUGAGCGGAAAACUCUUCCAAUCUAUAAAUUCAGGGAUGAACUGCUCAAGGCUGUUGAAGAGUAUCAGGUUAUUGUCAUAGUGGGAGAAACUGGCUCUGGCAAAACAACACAAAUACCUCAGUAUCUUCAUGAAGCUGGAUAUACAGCAAAAGGAAAGGUUGCAUGCACACAGCCUCGUCGAGUUGCAGCAAUGAGUGUUGCAGCGAGGGUGUCCCAAGAGAUGGGUGUUAAACUGGGACAUGAGGUUGGCUACUCUAUAAGGUUUGAGGAUUGCACGUCGGAGAAAACAUUGAUUAAGUAUAUGACUGAUGGCAUGCUUCUGAGGGAGUUUCUUGGUGAACCAGAUUUGGCAAGCUAUAGUGUUGUUAUGGUUGAUGAGGCUCAUGAGCGUACACUGUCUACUGAUAUCUUAUUUGGUUUGGUGAAGGAUAUUUCACGGUUUCGGCCAGAUCUAAAGUUGCUCAUUUCAAGUGCAACCCUUGACGCAGAAAAAUUUAGUGACUAUUUUGAUUCAGCUCCUAUUUUCAAGAUACCUGGGAGACGAUACCCUGUUGAAGUUCAUUAUACAAAAGCUCCAGAAGCAGAUUAUAUAGAUGCAGCCAUUGUCACUGUUUUGCAGAUACAUGUGACACAAUCCCCUGGUGAUAUCCUUGUCUUCCUUACAGGACAAGAAGAAAUUGAAACAAUUGAUGAAAUCCUUAAACAUAGAACAAGAGGCUUAGGCACAAAGAUUGCAGAACUAAUUAUCUGUCCUAUAUAUGCAAAUCUUCCUACUGAGCUUCAAGCUAAGAUAUUUGAGCCCACCCCAGAGGGUGCUCGGAAGGUUGUUCUGGCCACUAAUAUAGCAGAGACUUCAUUGACCAUUGAUGGUAUAAAGUAUGUCGUUGAUCCAGGCUUUUGUAAGAUUAAGUCAUACAACCCCCGAACAGGAAUGGAAUCUCUACUUAUCAACCCUAUCUCAAAGGCAUCAGCAAACCAGAGGGCAGGAAGAUCUGGACGAACUGGACCAGGAAAAUGCUUCCGCCUGUACACAAGUUAUAACUAUAUGCAUGACCUUGAGGACAAUACUGUUCCAGAAAUUCAAAGAACCAACCUUGCAAAUGUUGUUCUUACUCUUAAGAGUCUUGGUAUUCAUGACUUGGUUAAUUUUGAUUUUAUGGACCCACCUCCAUCAGAGGCUCUAUUAAAGGCCCUGGAACAACUUUUUGCUCUCAGUGCACUCAACAGUCGUGGAGAAUUGACCAAAACUGGAAGAAGAAUGGCAGAGUUUCCAUUGGAUCCUAUGCUGUCAAAGAUGAUCGUAGCUUCGGAGAAAUACAAGUGCUCUGAUGAGGUCAUCUCCAUUGCAUCCAUGUUGUCAGUUGGCAAUUCUAUAUUCUAUCGUCCAAAGGACAAACAAGUCCAUGCAGACAAUGCAAGGUUGAACUUCCACACAGGCAAUGUUGGGGAUCAUAUAGCGCUACUCAAUGUUUACAACUCAUGGAAAGAAACAGACUAUUCAACACAGUGGUGCUAUGAAAACUAUAUACAGGUCCGCAGCAUGAAAAGGGCAAGAGAUAUUCGUGAUCAACUGGAAGGACUUCUAGAAAGAGUUGAGAUUGAGGUUUCAUCAAAUGCUAGUGACUUGGAUGCUAUUAAAAAGGCUAUAACAUCAGGUUUCUUCCAUCAUUCUGCACGGUUGCAGAAGAAUGGUUCAUAUAGAACUGUGAAGAAUCCUCAAACUGUAUUUAUCCAUCCUAGUUCUGGAUUAGCACAGGUACUUCCUCGGUGGGUAAUAUACCAUGAAUUAGUCCUUACAACAAAAGAGUAUAUGCGUCAGGUAACAGAAUUGAAGCCCGACUGGCUGGUAGAAAUAGCACCACACUAUUAUCAACUAAAAGACGUUGAUGACUCUGGGACCAAGAAGCUGCCCAAGGGCCAAGGACGAGCUGCAUUAUAGCCACCUUACUGCGAUUGAAGAUAUAUAUAUUUUUGUGUGUAACCUGAUUCAGAGCCCAGAAUUAGAUGUCAUAGAGUGAAGAUGUAUAUAACUCCACUUUUAGUUCUUAGAUUUUGACCCCUGUCAUCGUCUCAAUUAGCGGCCAAAUAACAAUUACUCAGGCAUAUUUCGACGUGCUAGCAUGUACACAGCUGCAAUUGUUUUAUAAGCUUUGUGUUGAUGUAGAGAUGUAGAUACUGCACUACCUGAGUCAUACGAGGACUAACCUUGUGCAUAUAACGAUGAGGAUGCUGCACCACAACCUGUUUCUGCCAUUCUGUUGUGUGCCAUAUCUACGCAUAUAAAUUUGAAGGGGAAAUGGGCUAGUUUUUUUUAAUGGAAGUGCAAGCUAGGUUU